CGGCAUUGGCAUCGGCAUGGGACCCUCUCCAGGAACAUGUGGCGGGAGGAACCCCGGAUGCGGGCCCUCAUAAGGAGGCGGGCCAUAGUCUGGAGGUAAAGGCUGUCCUUGCAGGGGCGCUGUUCUUACAGGAGCUAAAACCCAAAAGAUUAUGUAAAAAGUUUCUAUUACAUUCAUAUUUUCGAGAUUAAUUGUACCAGUACCUGGUUGUCCAUUCUUUUCCUCAAUGAGAGGAGCGCUGGGACCUCCAGGGUACGGAGGAGGAGGAUCACUGGACAUACUGGCCUGGUAAACUGGACGAGAAUGGGAGGUGUCGGGCGUAAAGCUCCACCGAGAACACACUUGUGACCUUCAGGAUCAAACAACCUAAAAAAAAAAAAGUAUUACGUCACUUACAGCUAAAUGUAAUUCUAAUGUAAUUGAUUUAAUAUUUAAACAUAAUUGAAGUUAGCAUAGCAGGUUCUUUAUUACAUAUUAUAUAGUGUAUGUACAGCAUGUUUAUCCCAUCUUGGAUGUUCAAUCACAAAUUGAUACAGGUGGGAAAUUACAUUCAAAACGUCAUAGGGUUUUUGGCCCAUUUUACGACGCUUCCUCCAAGCUAGCAAGCAAGCAAAGCAAAGCAAUGUUUAAUUUAAAUCCUUCCUCUCAGAUUAUCCAGCUCAAGGCUUUAUGGGCACAAGCAGCCCCUGGUAACUGCUUUACGUAACAUAGACCAUUGGGGAGGAAAAUAACCGUUAACGAUAUAAAUCAAAAUAACGCGCGUUAAACACUGAUAUUAAUUAUUACAUAUUUGUAUCGCCGUAGCAACAACGGCUCGUGACUGACAGCUCGGGGUCUCGCAACCACAGACUCUUAUAUUACUAUUAGCUUGUGACUGAGAGACAAAAUAACAACUUAAUAACCACACGGUUGUUAUUUAUCCAUCACAAUACUAUAUACGGUAUCAUACAGCUUGUUUGCUAACGUUAGCCGUGCGCGUUAGCAAGCUAGCGCCUCCAUUAUAAACACAACAACAGGGGUGGGGAAUAAGAAUAGAAUUGAAUAGAAUGACGAACCACAGAGAACAAAGUGAUGGAAUGUGACCGCUUAAUAAAGUAUAAAAAUAUACUGGUUAUUUUGACAGGUAAUACCUCGAUAUCUGCGUCUGUAGUUGGGUCCGCGGAUGAAGUUAGCAACAAGGACUCUCAAGAGACCAGGAUAUGAAAUGCUUUGAAAUGCACUCAACAGAGUGUAGUACUCCAUGAAGCAGAAAAUCCGCCAUGAUACUUUGAUGAAAUGAAUGAACUUUAUUUACUAAACAGAAUAAUUAUAUAGUAUAUUUAGAAAUGAGCAAAAAUCCAUUGUAUUGCAGAAGUGUAGAUAUGAUGUCAAUAAUAACCUGAGCAGCAGUACGAAAUAACUUUUUCCUUGUUUAUUGUACUUUUUCCUUCCUUACAGUGUUACCAACGCUUAACAAUCAACAUAUAAAAUAAUCUUACUUGUGGAUAGUUAACAGGCAGUUUUUACACAGUGCAACAUUAAUUAGAUUAAUAAAGUUGACAGGCUAUAUCCUAAAUCAUCAUCAUCAUCAUCAUCAUCAUCACUGACUUAUUUGUCAUCAAUUCAACUAAUCACCCAAAGAAGCGUGAUAAAUGUACAAUUUUUUUUAUCACACAUGUGCCGAGUACAAAUUUAUAGUGCAAUGCGUCUGCAUUCUGCUUACCGUCAUGGCGGCCAAACCUGCUCACUGCACACUAUGGAAGUGGCUUCUUAGUUGCAAUAUCCUUAUUUUUAGUGUCCUUGGUUAGCUGCUCUCCUGACGACAUUCGAUGUCCGCUAAACGGAUUUACACAUCAUAAUGGCGUAAAAAUGCUAAUAUAGAUCAAAUAUACAUUUGAAAAUCUAAAUGCCUGCUAAUAGAAUAGUCUUUAGAAAUUACAAAACAUCAAUACUAAUGCACCAAUGCGUCCAAAGAUUACUAACACGACUUUAUUGUGUAUAAACCGACCACGAAGCUUAGGUCAUGUGACGUUUAAUACGUAAUUCCAAAAAUACACACAAAAAACAAAGGUAUGGAUCUAAAUCAACGUUUCGUUUCAAAGCACUGUGUGUAGUGUUCAAAUGCCAAACGGGGACUUGUGUUAUUGCCGUUUCAAAUUGUAGCCGCUGGGGGGCAGCAUACUCACAAUCAAAAUAUGUUUCUCACAAAUUGACCAUACCACUGUAAAGUCAGUCACUAUUGGGGUUGAAUUAUUUGUUGUCCUGAUCAGUGGUUUAAUAAAACCAACACACACCCGACCACGCCCCUGCCUGACCUCCCACUGACUCUUUCCGUAACGCUAUCCCAGCGGAUUGCGCGCUUCCACAAAGCGAACGCCCCCAAAUAUCAGGAAGUGCUCAGGGACACCCAAUCAGACCGCGUUCCUUUGCUAGCGUUAGCAUCUCCCUGGCAAAACAAGAGCUCCUUCGGUUUCUUGUUCGUAUUUGGUAGUCAACAAAAAUGGCGACGUCGGAUUAAAUUGUACGGUUUAUUGUCAACUCUGCCUACAUUCUAACGUGAGCGUUGCUUGGGUGCUAUUGUUAGUCGUUGCCGGUGACGCGUCAUCGGUCGUCUUGGCUGCUAACUAAGGUAUUGCUAGGCGGCGGAGGAAGAAGAUGGGCUCCAUCCUGAGUCGCAGAAUCGCUGGCGUUGAGGAUAUCGACAUCCAAGCUAACUCGGCAUAUCGUUUUCCGCCGAAGUCAGGAAAUUAUUUUGCCAGUCAUUUCUUCAUGGGAGGAGAGAAGUUUGACACGCCGCAUCCUGAGGGAUACCUUUUCGGGGAGAACAUGGAUUUGAAUUUUCUGGGAAACAGACCUGUGCAGUUCCCUUAUGUCACUCCUGCACCCCACGAGCCGGUGAAAACCCUGAGAAGUCUGGUCAACAUUCGGAAGGACUCAUUGCGUUUGGUCAGAUACAAAGAUGACUCGGAUGCUCCGGUGGAGGAGGGCGGCAAACCCAAAGUCCAGUACGGGGUGGAGUUCACCUUUGACGCUGACGCUCGGGUGGCCAUCACUCUCUACUGCCAGGCUUUUGAAGAGUUCUCCAAUGGGAUGGCUGUGUACAGCCCCAAGGAUCCAACAAUGGCCUCGGAGACGGUCCACUACAAGAGGGGUGUCAGCCAGCAGUUCUCCAUGCCGUCUUUCAAAAUAGACUUCAGCGAAUGGAAAGAGGAAGACCUGAACUUUGACCUGGACCGAGGAGUGUUUCCCAUGGUGAUCCAAGCGGUGGUGGAUGAAGGUGAUGAUUGCCUCGGACACGCUCACGUUCUUUUGGCAGCCUUUGAACGACACGUCGAUGGCAGUUUCUCUGUGAAGCCACUGAAGCAAAAGCAAAUUGUAGACCGUGUGAGCUACCUCCUGCAGGAGAUCUAUGGCAUCGAGAACAAGAACAACCAAGAAACUAAGCCGUCAGACGACGAGAACAGCGACAACAGCAACGAGUGCGUGGUGUGUUUGUCGGACCUGCGGGACACCCUCAUCCUGCCCUGCAGACAUUUGUGCCUGUGCAACUCGUGCGCCGACACCUUACGGUACCAAGCGAACAACUGUCCCAUCUGCAGACUGCCGUUCAGGGCCUUGCUGCAGAUCCGAGCUGUGAGGAAAAAGCCCGGAGCGCUCUCACCUGUCUCCUUCAGUCCGGUUCUGGCUCAGACGAUGGACCACGAUGAGCAUUCUAGCUCGGACUCCGUCCCACCCGGCUUUGAGCCUGUGUCGCUGUUGGAGGCCCUGAACGGCAUGCGGUCUGUGUCCCCUGCCAUUCCAUCUGCACCCCUCUAUGAUGACAUCAACUUCUCGGGUAGUGUCGGGGGCGACGGCAGGCAGCUGAGCUCCCCGGAGCAUCUUAGCGACGGCGGGCUGCAGAAGGGCAAAGUCAGCAAGUCGCCUGACAGCACCCUGAGGUCGCCAUCUUCUCCCAUCCAGGAGGAGGAUGAGGAGAAGUUGUCCGAGAUGUCAGACGCUCAGCCGCACACACUUUUGUCCAGCAGUCCCGCCCCAACAGACGCCACAGCGACCGAGGACGUCGCCGACUCGCUGUCCCCGGAUGACGAGGACAGGAUGCACGCCGGCGCUGAUAUCCUCCAGGACUGCGGUAGCGAGCACAGCAGCUUGACCAAAACAGAGAGCGACCCCCCAGGCGAGCUGUCACUGCCAGUCCUAGGUCCUGACUCCUGCUCUGUUGGUAUGGAGGAGUAACAGCGGGUCGUCCGAGUCGACGGAGAGCCUGAAGAGUCAGAGCACAAACUGCUCCAGCCAGCCUCUCCUGUGCCCCACUAGCAGCUUCCACAGGGAGGACGAGCACCUUCUCCCCUGACCUGGACCCCACCUCCUACUCCUCUUCAUCCACAUCCAUGCUUUCUCCUACCUUCCGGCCUCCUCGUCAGCGAGCCCCCAUGGAGUUUCCCCUUUUAUUCCAUCAGGGCUAACGUGUAGGAAACCACUACUUUUACCAAAUGUGGAUGCUUCAGACUACUCGUCACGGCGGUGCUGUUUAAAGCACACUUACUAUGUUUAAACUUUAUUAACGCUACAUUCACACGCAUUUUUAACCUUCUAUCUGUGUUUUAGUAUCCUCGUCACCGUUUCCAUGACAACCAUCUGUAAAAGCAUAUUCUAUUUUACUGGCUUUUUGGACGGGACUUUGCACUCUGACCAGAUCGUGUAUAAUCCAUUCCAGGCUUUAUGGUGAGAUUGCAUUAUUAUACAUAAAAUAUAUAUUAAGGCCACGCUGAAAAGAGGAGUAAUAUUACAUGUUUGUAGUACACUAAGUAAAAAAAAUCGCUAAUUAAAUCGCCGGAAAUGUGUUUUUUUUAAGUAAUACUUUUUCACUCAUGACCAUGCUCUAAUUUAUUUAGGGUUUUUUUGUAAAAAAUAAAAUAAAAUUUGAAUUUUAUUUAGUUUUUUUGUAAAAAAAAUAAAUAAAAUAAAAUAAAAUAAAAUAAAAUUUGAAUUUUAUUUAGUUUUUUUUGAAAAAAAAUAAAAUAAAAUUUGAAUUUUAUUUAGUUUUUUUUAACCAAAAUUUUUGACAUUAGUCCUGCAAUAUACAGCCUUUUUUAGGUUGGUAUUUCAGUGACAUAAAAAUUCUGUAAAAUUAUUAAUUCUGACUUUUUUCCUGUAAAAUGAAGACUUAAUUCUGUUUUUUUUUGUUUUUGGCGUUAAAAUAAACAAAACAUUAUGUGUAUUAAAAUGACUUUCUUCUGACAAUAGAUUUUUGAAACAAUUAAUUCAUGGCCGUAAUAUAACACAACUUAAAUGAUGACUUAAUUCAAUACUCCCACUAUUUUCUUAUAUUUCAGUGUGGCCUAAAUACCUUCCAUUUGUGUUAAACAUGUACAUUUAUUAUUUAAAGUGUACUAAAUCUAUUCUCAUACUCGUACUGGGAAUCCUGUGUUACUUUUCCAGUUGUAUCCUGGUAUGAUAUCACUGUUAUUUAGAGGAACGCAAAUGCUGAUAUAGACAUAAGGGACUAGAUAUUCUGUACAAAUGCAUAAGCGCUACAACUUGAAUUCAUUGUUUGAAAGCGUGCAACAAGUAAAGAUGCUUCAGCUGUGUGCUUUUGUGAAGUGGUUGCAAAAGAAAAAAAAACGGAGCAUCCUGCGCAUCUUUGUGCCUUUCCGUUGAUUAGUUUGCCUGCUUGUUGCAUUGAAGACAUCUUUACUGAAAUGCCACAAAUAUUUGACAUAAAGAGCCUUUUAGUUCUUGUAAUUAGGGGAUAUGAAAUAUAAGUGUUGUGUGUUGAUUAUAUAACAAUGCAGUUAAUCUACAGGUUUAAGACCACAUAUAACAAUAUGUGCAUAUUUUUUUUUUACAUAAUUUUAAAUUUUUGGCUCCUUCUCUGUGCCAUUUCAACUUGACUCCGUGCCUUUCCUGUUCUCAUUCUGACCACAAAUGGACCUGGCAUCCAGGAAAAAAACUAAGUCCACACUAGCUCCAUCUGUGUCCCUGUAAUAUAUAUUACCAUGCUGUCUUUUAAACCAAGUCUCUUGUGUGUAUAGCAGCAUGUGAACAAUAAAAGACAAGUGUCUCCUCCACUGUGUAA